GGCACAAACAGACCGCGGUGUUCCUCUUAGUACGCUCUGUCCCAAGUUUCUUCAUACCAACUCCACCAGCCACACCGGGCCCUUUAGCGCCAUAGCUGAGCUCAUAGAAAAUGUUUUAUUUUUUCUUAAAGACAAUGCCUACGAUCCAGAUGUCAGUGCCAAACAGUUCUGGAUUGAUAAGACUGUGGUCAAAGAAGAACAGUGUCUCAGCUUUAUGGAUAAUGGAAAUGGACUGGACCAUGAAGCUAUGCACAAGAUGCUCAGUUUUGGGUACAGUGAUAAGACUGCUGUCAAUGGUCAAGCACCUAUAGGAAUCUAUGGCAACGGCUUCAAGUCUGGAUCCAUGCGUCUUGGGAAAGAUGCCAUCGUCUUUUCUAAGUCAAACAGCACUUCAUGUGUGGGGAUGCUCUCUCAGACCUACCUGGAAAAAAUCAACGCUAAGCAAAUAAUUGUACCAAUUGUCUGCUUUGAACCUACAAAAACAGGAAAGUUGUCUGUAAAAGAGGAGCACAAAACCUGUCUGCAGGACAUCCUCCUACAUUCCCCUUUCAAAUCACAGGCGGAGCUUCUCACUGAGCUCGAUGCCAUUACCCCGCCCUGGUCCACAGGAAAGACUGGCACGCGGAUCAUAAUCUGGAAUCUCCGCAGGACAUCUACCGAUACACUAGAGUUUGAUUUUGCGAAGGACCAUUAUGAUAUCCGAAUUCCAUCCGAUAUCUACGAAGCAAUGAGUGACACUACUCAACAGGUCACGUCAUACAUCCCUCAGAGUGUUUACUCACUGCGGGCAUAUUGCAGUGUUCUGUACCUGAAGCCGCGGAUGCAGAUCAUCAUACGUGGUCAAAAAGUGAAAUCGCAGCUCAUCGCUAAGAGUCUGGCCUCCGUCAGAAAGGACCACUACAAGCCCAUUUUCCUGACCAAACGCGUUCCUAUCAUUUUCGGGUAUAACACAAAAAGCAAAGAUCACUAUGGCAUUAUGAUGUAUCACAAGAAUCGGCUCAUCAAAGCCUACGAACGUGUGGGCUGCCAGCUUAAGGCCAACUUCCAAGGGGUUGGGGUCAUUGGGAUAAUAGAAUGUGACUUUUUGGAUCCUACCCACAACAAACAGAGCUUUAAUGAGACAGAUAAGUACAGGAAAACCAUGAACAGUUUGGGGAUCAAACUGGAGGAGUACUGGAAAGAAAUCCGCUACAGGUGGAGCAAAGACAAUCCAAACAGCACCACACCAGUGGAAGAUGCCAUGAAGCGACCAGAUCAAAACUGGGUGCAAUGUGAUGACUGUUUGCGCUGGCGUAAACUCCCCGAUGGGAUCGACUGCAGAAAGCUGCCAAAUAAAUGGUUCUGUCGGAUGAACCCUGAUCCUCAGUUCAGGAGCUGCCAAGUAGAGGAGGAGCCCGAGGACUCCGACGAUGAACGACCUUCAUACUGCAAGACCUAUAAACAACAAGAGAAGGAGGAUAAAAAACAGCAAAAGAAGAAAAAAGAAAAAGAUGAGGAGGAUCGAAGGCGUCAGGAAGAGCAGCGUCUGGCAAAUCUUGCCAGGCAAAAUGAGCUUCUUAAACGGAAUCAGGAAGACCUGAAACGGCAGCUGCAUCAAACAACUGUCCGCGUCCACUCUCCCGCCACUGUCCACUCCCCCGCCACUCCCACUACCCCAAGGAGUAGGUUAAACACUGAGUCCCGACAAGGGGGUGCUGCAAGGGCUGAAUCCUCUCCACUGAGGUCCUCCGCCAUUUCACAAGCUGCUUGCAGCCCCUCCAGUAGCAAUGGUCUUCCAGUUAUUUCUAAUGUAUGCUCUCUGGCAGCUGGCCCCGUGAGGGGGAAAAGGACACAGCCUGCUACCCCACAAAGAACGCCCAAAAGACCUCGAGUAAACGGCUUCCGCAGGCACGUCUCAGAUGCACCCUCAUCAGUGGAUGUGAGCCCGCUUCGCUCCCCAUCGCGUCAACCAGUGCCUGUAGUUGAUGGUGAUGACGAUGAUACUGAUGAUGACAUUGUCAUCUUGGAGAAUGCCAGUACGCCCAAGCCAAAAAAGCCAAGCUUUGAUGUGACUAAAGUGAAGAAAGAGAAAGAGACAAGUGAUGCUGCAAUGGACGUCGCCACAGCAGGACCAAGCAAUACAGGGUCAGCAGCUGUGGGAACCAGUCCAUCCCCAGCACCUCCUCCAGAGAUGACCAACACCACCACCCAAACGGAAGUACCCAAAGUGAAGGAGGAAGAGGAGAGCCAAAAUGAAACAGAAGGGAGGGAGAGUACAGAGCAGAGCACGUCUAACACGAAUGGUAACGAACAGAGUUCACAUGCAGACAUUGGUGUCUGCGACGUCAAGCAAAGAGUAAUUAAGCAGGAGAGCGAGGGAGACACUCAAAAUGGCACCUUGCAGAAGGAAGUGACACGUCAUCUGGAAAGUGACGAAGCUGCAGGACCGUCCCGAGUAGAUGCCUCUGAUAGACAAUACUCUCCACAUCACCACCCAAGUAUUACUGAGGUACAGGAACAGCAAGACCAGCUCCUGGAGCUCAUGCAGGCAACAGCUCAGGAGAGAGACCAGUUUAAAGAGCAGGUCGAUAAACUCACCUGUCAGCUGCAAGACAUGCAAAGCAGACUGUCUCAGAUUAAUGUAAAGAAGGAGUGCUCUCACCAGGCCAACCAGAUGGAGGAGACGGAGGAAACACAGGGGGGGCAUGACUACAAAAGUCUGUUUGAGAAGGCCAAACAGAAAGUCGAUGAAUUGAUUAAGGACAAAGAUGCUUUACUGGCAGCUGCUGAGACCAAGCACUGUAAUGGUCAUGGUUUGGAAAACGACCUUGAUGAUAUUGCGCUGCAAGUUGACUGUUUGAUCCGGGAAGUGGAUCAAAGAAACAAGGAGAACGAUGAACUGCGCUCACAGUUGGACAGUCUGACAGAGGAAAAGGCGAACCUUGCAGCCCAGUGUGAAGAGCUCAGGUUGAGCCUGGAGCAGCAGAGGGAAGAUGCGCAAGAAGGAGGCACAGCUGCACAAACAACAUCUGACUCUUCUGUACAAACAGACCCAGAGGAGGCAGAGGGGACAGCAGCAUCUGGUGCAGAGUCAAGCUCAGAUACAUUCAGAAGUUUGAUUGAGCUUCGACAGAACAUUGGUCGCCUUCUUAUCACCUACGUGCCUGCUCUGGACCUGGGCCAAGUGAAUUAUGAGUGUAAUGUAGUCGAUGAGAUCCUAGAACAGGUUCUCUCUACUGUGGAGUAUGUCGAAGCUGAUGGGCAGGGGGAUGAAGCAUGAAAGUAAUUAAAAAAUCAUCAACUCUUGAACAGAAGUAUUGCACUAUACCUGUAAAUAUUUAAUAUAAACUCAUGUGAGUGUGGGAAAUUAGUUCAUAUUUAUUAGAGGAUAUGUACAUGACAGGUUUUUAUAUUGAUGUACAGUAAAUACAAAAUGCUUUGAACUGCAUAGUUUGAUGUUAGGUUUUUGGGUAAAAAAAAUCAUCAGCGAAAUAUGAGAUCUCAUUGAUCUAUCCAUUGCAGUAUAGUAAAGUUACUAUAUGUCCUUGUGUUAAUGUCCUAACAAAAUGAAAAAAAUCCUGUUGCAGUUGUUUUGAAAAGAUCGUGGCUUUGCAUCUGAUUCUGUUGCACAAUGAGAGCUGAUUGAUUUCUCUUAGGUUUCUAUUAAAUCAUGUUUUGUAUAUAUUCUUUGUCAGAUAUGUUUUUGUAUUCCCUGUCUUUGCCCUGUGAUAAAAUGCU